UAUAUUGCUAUAAAAAGUUUAAUUGUUGUGAAUUUGAUAGAAUGUGUUUACGUUGCGGCUUCACCGACAUGGCAGGUGAGUAGUUACUAAUGAUUAUAAUUCUCAUAAAUUAUCGCAUUUUAUUAUCUUCUACGUGCUGCGUGGACUUUGAAACUUAUAAGCAGUUGUAACAACGACAAGUCAUUUAUCAUUUACACGGCAAGUUAACUUCGUGUCGUUACGAAAGCCUUAAAUAAUUACAAAAUGAAUAAAUUAGUAGGUUUUACUAGAAAUUUUUCAAAUUCCGUUUCUCUAAAUGCUAUUAAGACUGUUACGGUAGUUGGAGGAGGUCUUAUGGGAUCUGGCAUCGCUCAGGUCGCAGCUCAAGCAGGUCAGAAUGUAACCAUUGUGGAUUUGAAGCCAGAGUUACUUGAGAAAGCUCAGAAAUCAAUUCAGAAUAAUCUUAACCGCGUCGCAAGGAAGGUUCAUAAGGACGAUCCAUUAAAGGCAGAAAGAUUUGUUAAGGAAGCAAGUGAGAGAAUCAAGGUUUCCACUAAUAUAGAAGAUGGAGUUAAUGUCGAUUUGAUUGUUGAAGCGAUUGUUGAAAAGCUUGACGUCAAGCAAGAGCUGUUUAAUAAGCUUGAUCAGCUGUGCCCGGAACACACUAUUCUCGCUAGCAACACUUCAUCUAUUUCAAUUAAUGAAAUUGGAGCUGGCAUUAAGAGAAAAGAUAGAUUCGGUGGUCUCCAUUUCUUCAACCCAGUUCCUGUGAUGCGUCUCCUGGAGGUGAUCAAAGGUGAUCAUAUAUCGGAAGAGACCUACCAGGCUAUGAUGUCGUGGGGCAAGUCUAUCGGCAAGACUUGUAUCACUUGUAAGGACACACCUGGCUUUGUGGUGAAUAGGUUGCUCGGGCCGUACAGUGCUGAAGCUAUGAGGAUGUAUGAGAGAGGUGACGCGUCAAAAGAGGAUAUAGAUAUUGGGAUGAAGUUGGGUGCGUCAUAUCCUAUGGGACCUUUGGAGUUGGCAGAUUACACAGGCUUGGAUACGAACAAGUUUGUGCUUCAAGUUUUGUAUGAAAAGACUGGAAACCCAGUGUUCAAACCUAUACCAUUGUUAGACAAGUUGGUAGCGGAGGGAAAACUUGGUAUCAAGACUGGGGAGGGUAUUUAUAAGUAUAACAAGAACUGAUUUCUUUCAAAGAAUGCAAUUUUUUGAUAAAUUUGUUUUUUAUAUUCAUGUUAAAAACUAAAAAUGUAUUUUUUGAAUAAAUUUUUUAUUUUACUA